AUGGCGUUAUUAAGGAUACACUCCUCCAGACUGACUCCAUUCCGUGCUCCAGUCGUCACCGUGAUGUCAGCUCACGUAUCCGGUCCGGAUCUUCCGGCCGCCCGGUCCUCUCCACUGAACUCCAACCCCCGCGCUCUCUAUCAGCAUCUCAUUCCUGUCUCAAUAUGUCUCAAGAUGGCGGCCAAUGCAGGAUCGAUGUUUCAAUAUUGGAAGCGCUUUGACUUACAACAACUACAGAAAGAACUAGACGCCACCGCCACACAGCUUGCCAACAGACAGGACGAGAGCGAACAGUCCCGGAAGAAACUAAUCGACCUGAGCCGCGAGUUCAAGAAGAGCACACCAGAGGAUUUUCGGAAACAGGUUGCCCCAUUGCUCAAGAGCUUCCAAGGAGAGAUCGAUGCAUUGAGUAAGAGAAGUAAAGAAGCAGAGGCCGCUUUCUUGAACGUGUACAAGAAAAUAAUAGAUGUACCAGAUCCUGUACCUGUGCUGGAGCUGGCUCAGCAGCUGCAGCUGAAGCUCCAGAGGAUGCACGACAUUGAGACAGAGAACACCAAACUUCGAGAGACACUGGAGGACUACAACAAAGAGUUUGCAGAGGUCAAAAACCAAGAGGUGACCAUAAAGGCCUUGAAGGAGAAAAUCCGCGAGUACGAGCAGACUCUGAAGAAUCAAGCUGAGAACCUGGCUCAAGAAAAGCAGCUCCAGCUACACAACGACUAUGCAGAGAAGGAGAGGAAACUCCAGGAGAGCCAGGACUCCAUGUCCUCAAGGUUGGAGGAGGCUGAACACAAGGCCCAGUCCCUACAGACAGCACUUGAAACAACUCAGGCCGAGCUCUUUGAUUUGAAGACAAAGUACGACGAAGAAUCUACAGCAAAGGCCGAUGAGAUUGAGAUGGUGAUGACUGACCUCGAAAGGGCAAAUCAGCGGGCAGAAGCAGCUCAGAGGGAGACGGAUUCGCUGAGAGAGCAGCUGUCCUCAAGCAGCCAAUCACAGCUGCUCAGCAGCCCUGCCAAGGCCGACCCCGACACGGAACAGGAUUCAGAGGGGGCAUCCCACUCAAAUCUGGAGGCGGAGCUCAGGGCCAAAGAAAGGGAGACCGCCCAGCUGGUGGAGGACGUCCAGAGACUGCAGGCCAGCCUUACCAAACUCCGAGAGACCACCAGCUCCCAGAUCACCCAGCUGGAGCAGCAGCUUAGCACUAAGACUGCCACUCUCAAGGAACUGGAGGAGAAACUGCAGAAUCAAGCUGACUACGAGGAGGUGAAGAAGGAGUUGAGUAUCCUCAAGUCUAUGGAGUUUGGCACAUCUGACUCUGUGCAGGACUCUUCCAAACCUCUGGAGGUGCUGCUGCUGGAGAGGAACCGCAGUCUUCAAUCUGAGAGCGCUGCUCUGCGCAUCGCCAACACCGAGCUCAGCGGGUCAGCCAGGCGAAAAGGGACAGAGGAGUCUGAACUGAAGGAGGAGACCAUGCCCAGCGACCCCUCUUCCUCGCCCCCUCCUCCUCCCCCCUCUCUCCCUUCCUCCUCCCAGCUCCCUCUGUCUCGCUCUCACACGGAUCCCCUCAACACUGCCACCACCACCAGCAGUGAAAUGCACCCUUUCACUCCUACGGGCAUUGGCCAGGACUUCUACUCCCCUGUGUUCCCUCUUGUGGGGGGUAAGAUGGCUUUGAACUCUCUGAUACAGCGGCAGCUGCUCCAGACCUUCUACUCCAAAGCAUUGCAGGAGUCAUCUGGAAUCCCCAGUGGGGCUCUACUGUUCACCCCAUUCACCCCCACCCUCAGCUCCAUCCCUACCUCCACACCUGGCUCUGGGUCUGCUGCCAUCCCUCUGGCAGCCAGCAGCCCCCAGCCACCCCCAGCCAGCCCAGACAUGGCUCCUGUUAACGGGAGCAGCACGGCUGGCAGCGCCCCAUCCCCGUCACCCAGCCACUCCGACGCCACCACGGGAAGUAUUCUGGACGGGGAGGAUAUGGACACAGCAGAGAUUGCUCGGCAGGUGAAGGAGCAGCUGAUCAAGCACAACAUUGGUCAGCGUGUGUUUGGCCACUAUGUGCUUGGACUCUCCCAGGGUUCAGUCAGUGAGAUCCUGGCCAGACCAAAGCCGUGGAACAAGCUAACCAUCCGGGGGAAGGAGCCCUUCCACAAGAUGAGGCAGUUCCUCGCCGAUGAGCAGAACAUCCUCGCUCUGCGCAGCAUCCAGGGACGGCAGCGAGGUAACAUUACAGCACGUGUCCGUACCCCAGAGGCGGGUUCAGAUGAGGCAAUCAAGUCCAUCUUAGAGCAGGCCAAGAGAGAGCUGCAGGUGCAGAAAGCUGACUUGUCGCAUGCCCAGCCUUCAUACACAGGACUGAAAGGAGGGGGUGGGGGCGGGAUAGGAGGCGGAGGGGGCAGUGGGUCAGAUGAGGCCAUCCGCUCUAUCCUAGAGCAAGCCCGCAGAGAGAUGGAGGCCCAACAGGCUGCACUGGAGCCCAUACUCAAAGCCUCGUCUUCCUCUUCAUCGCUAUCUCAAAGAGACCUCCUUACCUCCUCACUCACCGCUCCUCUCCCCCCUUACAACCCGCUGGCACUCUCCCUCAAGAAGCCGCACAGCUCCCUCUUAUCCUCGCCCUCUUCCCCGUCUCCCAUCCUGGACUUCAGCUCCAGUGUGAAGCGUGAAGGCCGGGGCUCUUCAGGGAUCGACAUGUCUACUGACGGCGCUCUCAGGCUGGGUCGGAGCUCCGAGGCAGCCCGCUCCAUGAGCUCUGGAGGGGUUGGCUACUGGAGGGAGCAGUGGUGGAGUAACAUGCACACGGACCCCCGCAGGGCUAUAGGCAACCAGACAGGAGAGGAUAACCACAACCAGGAGGACUCCAAAGAGGGAAUAUUGAGUGACAGUCUGUCUCGACACAAACCGUGGAACAAGUUGAACCAGAGGAGCCGAGAGCCGUACCUCCGCAUGCAGCCGUGGCUCAAUGGAGACCAGGGGCAAAAUGCACACAUCCAGCAAGCUCCCAACCAAGAGGGUACACCUAAGACAUCAGCGAGCUGCAGCCCCGCUCCAGAGUCGCCCCUCAGUUCUGCCGAGGAGUCUGUCAACGGUCUAACAGGGGAUCCACUCGCUUCACAGUCGUCCGGCCUCAAACCUCUGUCUGAGGAUCCCUCAGGUGGGGAGUCUCAGCCUGGCACCCCGCUGCCCCUGCCUGGUCAUUCGGGUCUCAGCAUCCAGGAAAUGGUUGCAAUGUCACCUGAGCUUGAUACUUACGCCAUCACUAAGAAGGUUAAGGAGGUGCUGACUGAUAACAAUCUUGGCCAGCGUCUGUUUGGGGAGACUAUCCUGGGUCUGACUCAGGGUUCUGUCUCAGACCUGCUGGCCAGGCCCAAACCCUGGCACAAGCUCAGCCUGAAGGGCAGGGAGCCCUUCGUUCGCAUGCAGCUCUGGCUUCAGGACCCACACAGUGUGGAGAAACUCAUGGACAUGAAACGCCUGGAGAAGAAAGCUUACAUGAAGAGGCGGCUCAGCUCCCUGAGUGACAGCCAUUCUGUGGACACUGGAUUAGUGGGGCAAGAUUACAUGCAAGGCUCCCAGAGCCCGGGACAGCAGCACCUGAAGAAACCCAGGGUGGUGCUGGGCCCUGAAGAGAAGGAGGCCCUGAAGAGGGCCUACCAGCAGAAGCCCUACCCCUCCCCCAAAACCAUUGAGGAGCUGGCCUCCCAGCUCAACCUGAAGACCAGUACUGUUAUCAACUGGUUCCAUAAUUACAGGUCACGUAUCCGGCGAGAGCUCUUUAUAGAGGAGAUCCAGGCAGCUGGAGGGAUGGGGCCAGGCAGUGAUGGGGGCUCCCCUUCACUCCGAGGUUCCAAAUCAGGAGAGGGGGACAGCUGCGAUGGGACAGAAUCUGAAGGCACAGCGGAGACACGGCAUGGACUGGGCAUGGGCCUGGAGGAUCACAGAGGAGAAUGCAAAGACCCCGACAUGGAGGCUGACUCUGAGGCAGGGGGCUCUAAUAACUCCCCUGCCCAACUAGACUGCACCACCUCAGGCUUAGCCGGGCCAGGCUCCAGCUGUGGACAGGGUGGACUGGGUCUCUUCAGCCUCACAGAGGCGUCCUCAAGUAGCUCUGCCUCUAGUACAAACAUCCCAGCCUCUGGCCCUGCCAGAAACCCCAGGGACAACAAUUUGCGCAAGAAGAAAGCAGCCAAUCUGAAUAACAUCAUCCACAGGCUGGAGAAGGCUGCCAGCAAAGAGGAUCCCUCAGAGUGGGAGUUCUAGCUCCCCCUGACCAUCCCUUGUCCCUUUUGUCUCAUAACCUCACGACCUCGAACCUUGGACCCCUCCUGCUCUGUUCCAGUUGGAGAGUGGACACAGCCAAAGUCAAGCUCAGCAGCCAUUUUUAUAAAAGCUUUCCCAAAAGAGGAAAGAAACAGAGUGGUUGGCAAAACCAUUAAAAAGAAGAUUUACUGAAUACCUAGAAGAACAAAAUAAGAGAACCUAUGUGUCUCUCCUUUUUUUUUUAAACUGAGUUUUGUUUUUGUACUGAGAAAAGCACUUAGCCGUCCUGCUGGCCUCUGGCCCUGCUGUACCUCCCCCCCUAUCACCAGCCACUGGUGCACCAGACUGGUUAGUCCUGAGCUGGGGUCUGACCCACAGCUAGGGUUGAAACCUGGACUCCGAACACAGGCAAGGCCUGACACAGCAGCUGUCACAGUGAUAGACACUGAUAGAUGAUAGAUAGAGACAGGAACUCUCUUACAAGAACUCUCACUUUCUUAAAGGAGAUUUUUUCCGCUCUUCUUCUCACCUCCCAAGUGUCCACAAACCUCCCCUCACUCAGUGAGACGCCUCAUUUUUCACACUGUAGAGUGACUGUUACAAACCCUUUGCCUUUUUCACUCACUGCGUGUGUGUGUGUGUGUGUGUGUUUGUGUGUUAGGGGUUGUGUCAGUGUGCACCUGUCUGUGUGUAUACACACCCAAAAAUGGUGUGUGUGCGUGUGUGUGCGUGUGUUCUCUUGUCAAUGGCAGCACGUUUUUCUUUUUUAUCUCACUCCUACACUCUCAGAGGGUAGUGUUUGCCCUGCCGGCUCAGCUGCCAUAGUUACUGAUAUAAGAAAGAUGAACUUUGACCUGUUGUGUCCCAUAUCCUAUCCUGCUGACAGCCAUGUGAUGGCCAGAAGGAUCUCUUAAUUCCUUACAAACACACGCACUCAUCUGAAGAGGAAGGACAGAAGGAAGGAACCCUCUUUUCGCCUCCUUAAACCCUUCUUUAAGGAUGAAGGAUGAUCUCUUUUUUUUCAUAUUGCAAUUUGGUUGCCAAUAAGAGAUUGCACAGUCUAUUGACUCUAAAGAGUACAAAAUAGGGAAUUUUAGGAAUCAUUUGUAAUUAGUACAAAAUAAGAGCAGAAAAUAAGAGAAUAACCAGUUACUGUUUAAAAAAAAUUAGAAAGGAAAAAUGUUGCAUUUUUGAAAUACGAUACGAUGAAUUCACGUAGUACUGUAGCUGUCUGACAUGGUGAUACUUUACGUGUCUCUUGUUGUUUUUAGGUUGUGAACGUCACAGCUUUUCACCCAGCACUGGACCUGCUGGGUGUGUGUGUGUGUGUGUGUGUGUUGGGAGUCUGUUUGUGUGUGUGUGUGUGUGUGUGUGUGUGUGGGAGUCUUGUGUGUCUGCACCACCAACAAAAUUUUCUCUGUUGACAAACACGUCUUUUUAUAGGACAAAUCAGGAAGAGUGUGUGAGUGUGUGUGAGUGUUUCGUGUGCAUUUGUAUUUGCCUGCAUGUAAGCCAGGGUCGAGGUCAAUUCACUCAAAUUUAAGUAGCAGAUUAUUAAUAAUGAAAUGUCUGACUGAAGAAGUAGGUUUAAAUGAAUGAAUUGCAAUGUACAGAUCGUGUUCAUCUGUACUCUGUGUCUGUUGCCGUCAAAGUGAAUUCACCCCCACCCUGAUGUGAGUAGUUAAACUCUCCUCCAGUCUCUCCUGUAUCCAGGGAUGUAAGUCUUUUUGCAUUGAAUUCUACUGUAUACACUACAAAUUCUAAGGCAUAUCACCUCCUCCCUGUCUCACACAAGCCCUCAGUGCCUGUCAGCCUACUGCCUCCCCUCUGUGUGUAUGUGUGUGUAUGUGUGUGUGUGUGUGUUUGUGUGUGUGUGUCUUAGCGUGGGUGCAUGUACACACACGCCUGUCAAUACAUGCGUGUGCACAAUGUGUGUGUGUGACUGAGGAGUGUUCAGUGUUUCCAAUGAGUGGGGUCAUAUUUCGUAUCUACUUGCACACACUACUAGUGCACAACUGACACCCUUCUUUAAGCUGUUUGAUGCGUUACCAUUUCAUUAAUCUUUUCACAAAGUAGUGUAAUACUAUGAUUUACUGUAGCUUGGUUUUAUUGCUAUUUUGCAUUUAUAGUUUGGUUUUUAUUCUGCUUAUUUAUAGGUGCUGUAUUUUUCAUUUAAUGUCUUAUCAUUUGAGUUGUCUAUUUUUUAAGGGAUUAUACUGUUCCUGAGGGCAAGUAACAUUUUUAUUAGACGUAUAGACUGCCGGCAGUAUUGGUUAAUAUUUACAAAGAUGUACUAGUUCUCAUUUGUUUGUAUAUUCAUGAAUCCUAAAGUUUAGUGUCAUUUCAAUAGCUUUGAAAAAUGUGUUUUGCUACAGUUCAUGCUCCCGUAAGCAUUAAGCUUUCACCACAACAGUUAUGCUCUUGAAUUGCUAGCUAGAGAAUCAAAAGGACAUAUCAAGAUCAGUGAAUAUAUUAUAGCAUAUCUUUUCUCCUGUUUUCUAUUCUCCAAUAAUGUUUUUAAUUUUUUGUCUCGGGCAAGCCCAACACUAACGCUCGACAGGGCAUGCAGCUUUUCUUUAAGGUAUAGUUCGCCCACUCGUUAUGAAUCACGUCAUCAACAGGUCCAAGUGUGUACUCUUCAUCAAACAGGUCAAAUGAAAUUACCUAAACAUGAGAUCACAUGUUAACUUGAAAGAGGUCAUAUCUGCCAAAUUGAGAUUAGAGAAGUGUACCAGCGAGCAGGAGUGCUACGCCACAUUGAACAGAUAGCCAGCCUAUGAUUAUGCAGAAUUUCUAUUGCAGUCCAUAACAAAGCACUUAUUAGGAUCGUUUUAAAGACGUACCUGGGACAGGGUCUGGAAACACUACAUCAGAGUACCAUCCCAAGAUUCUGGGAAAUGUAUGCCUUUUAAUUAAAAAACAAACACACAAGUGGUUGUGAACCAAGCACAGACUUCUAUUCGCAUCCUAACACUAAAAGUCAAACAUAAGAUAGCUGAAUCCAUGUCCUGCAUUGUAAACUGUAUUCUAAUACAGCAGCCCCGGUAUUCCUAUUGCAGAUUACUGUGUGACAAAACAGUCCAUUGUCUUGUACAGCUGUAGAUAUUCUGAGUUAACAGCCGUUUUUGUUUCUUUUCAAAACCUCCACAGUUGAUCCUUCAGCCUGCCCUUCCCCUUAUUGGUCAUGUAGAUGUAUCGGCAGCCUGUCAGACAAACUGAUAACCCCAUUGCACUGCGUUAAGAUGCAUUAGGUAAAAUUGGAUUUUCUAAUGGAUCUAAUAAUUGUAAACUUCUACAAACAUUGGCUCUUCCUGUGGACGACUGAUGUGAAACAUCUGUCUUCUGCAAACACUGAGGGCUUCUUGCCUUGUGUCGGACUGCUCAGACUGGACAACCGCAGUGUGUUUCAUGGUGAUGAAUAGCUACUGUAAAGUAUAAGCACUUAACCCAUUACCCGUUUUAUAGCCAGAUCCAUCAGCUCACCCGAACCAUGUGAGAUCAUCAGAUUUGUGCCUUUAACUGCCAAGCAGGGCACCAAACUAGUGAUGUCAUUAGAUGUCGAUGUUUUCACCUGAUUCGGUCAUAAUAUAUAUCCCACUCCUUGAUCCAAAUCCAUUUCUCAUUCUCUUCAUUUUGGUACUUUGAAGUCUCAGCUCUCCGGAGAGGGUUGUGUAUAAUCGCUGGAGUGCGGUGAAGCGUUUAAAAAAAGAAAAAAAAGAAAAAGGAACUUAAAGAAGAAAAAAUGAACUUGUGUAUUCUCAUGACUGACCUGUCGACUUGUUUUUCUGUCCGGGUCUUUUUUUUUUUUUUUCCCCCAGACAGUUGUUUUCCCACAAUGCAUUUCUUCCAUUGUACAUAAUCUAACUAGCAGCAAAAGGCCAGAGCAUUGAAUGAAGGAGGAAGCAUGCAGAAACAGCGUACACUGUAAUAACACUGAAUUUAUUCAUAGGGCAUUUUGUAUUUUUCUGUUUGUGUCAGGUUUGCUGUGACAUUAAUAAGUGGCACUACAGGUAUUGAUAAUGAUGUGUGCCAAUUGGAAUGGUUAUUUUGGAAAAGAGACGUGUAAAUACAGUCGAUCAAGUAGCUAUUGAGUCACUAUUGUCACAGUAUGCUUUUGUUUUGAAGGCAGGAGGAGAGAAGGGACGAUUCAGGACUUUUCCAUGAUCCACAGAUAUUUUUCUACAAAUUUAAAUCAGAUGAUUCUAUACACUGUUGAAUAACAUUGUAAAGGUGUAACAGAUGCUGUAUAUCAUAUCAUGUUUCUGAAGUUGUAAAGCUUUACUGUAUGAUCUGUUGAAGUACUGGUUGUUCAUUUGACAUAUUAGUUGUAAUGGAAGCCCGAACAGCAGCACUGGUCACCAUAUUCAGGAAAAAAAAAAAAGAAAAAAAGAGAGAAAAACCUCAGAUGUUUUUGUAAUACUUUUAGAAUAUAUCUUAUGAAGUGGGUUUUUGUACGGAAACACUUUCCGAAUCAGUGGUGCUGUAUGCAUAGCACACUCAGUAAUACAUACACACAUUAUACAGCACAAUACACUCAUCCUCUAAACCCCCCCAUCCCCCAUCCUUUCACUUUGACCUGCGUGCUUUUUUGUGUGUUUUUCGCUCACCUCUCACAUUGGCUCCAGCUAAUUUUUGAGUCUUAAACCAUGUCCUCUUCAUGCUUCACCAUACUAUUUAAACUCCCAGAGACGAACUCUGGAUCAAUAAAAACAUUUCAGCGAACGCUCGCAAGACUUAAAAAAAAAAAAAAAAAAAAGGAAAAAAAAAGAAGAAAAAAAAAGAGGAAGCAAAAAGCCAAAUAGUGAAAUAGUUCUCCACCUCUGUCGAAAGGUUGCUGACAGUUUCUCUGAAUGUUGCUACCUUGUGUCGUCGCUUCAGUUCACCCAUAGCUUAAACCACAGUGUAGUCUGACAACCAAAUGACCCCGGGGGGAGAGAUCCACCCCCCCCCCCCCCUACACACCGCCCCCUUACGGAAAGCUUUAAGAUGCUUGUUGAGGCUUUAGCGAGUACAGAGUGAUUUAGACGAUUUUUUUUUUCCAACCUGUCAUCAAGAACGUGGAAGUAAUAAUUUUCAUAACUUAUCCCACUGCUUUUCUUUUUUAUAUGUGAGUGUGUGUGUGUGCGUGUCCAUGUGUGUUGUAGUACAAAAGGCUGCAUGACUGUAAAGGGAUGGUUAAGAUGUUGUUUUUCUUUCUCAAAAGAUGUUUCCCUAGCACUUCUGUCACUCCUGAGAUGCUUUUUUUUCUCCUUUCGGGGUGUCCCUCCCCCUUUUGUUUCCUUAUGUAUCAUCGUUUCUUUAUCUUUCUAUUUACUAAACGUAUCAUGUUGUUCGUUCUCAGCACUGUAAAACAGUCCCUUCUACAACAUUGAAAAGCAAUAUCACUGUAUGAAACGUUCACAAUGUAUUUGUUAUGAUUGACAUUUGAUUCAUCAUCAUUAUUAUUCACAUGCACCCUAGGUGUGAUAAUUGAAGUAAAUCUCUUUUAUACAAAUA